ACUGUGUUUCUGAUGAUUAUUGUUAGGGUUCUGUUUCAGUUUUUGGCUGGGUUUUAGAUAAGGGUGACAACAAACAAAAACCCAUCUCUGUUAGCAAAACAGAGACACACCUUCAUUCUCUUAUGGCUACUACUAGUACUAGUAGCAUUCACUUCACUGUGAAUUCCUCAGAAACCAAGAGACCCAUCUUCUUCACUUCACCAAUCAAACUAAUCCCACCCAAAAGAUUCACCAUUUCUUGCAGGUCUACCAAGUCCCCUCCAAAAUCUCCACCAGAUUUAUCACAACCCAAUAACAAGAACAAAACCCCAUCUUUGUCUGACCAACUCAAGCCUCUAACCACCACCACUCUCUCCACCCCUCCUCCCAAAGACCAACCCCAAGUCCUAUCCAAGCCCAAGUCCAUCUGGGUCAACCCGGCCAAGCCCAAACGCUCUGUGCUAUCCCUCCAGAGGCAGAAGCGCUCUCUCUACUCCUACAAUCCUCAGGUCAGAGAUCUCAGGCUCUUUGCCCAGAAGCUCAAUGACUGUGACUCCUCUCAAGAAGCAUUCUUGGCUGCUCUAGAAGAAAUCCCACACCCACCCACCAGAGAAAAUGCCCUUUUGAUUCUCAACAGCUUGAAGCCAUGGCAGAAAACCCACAUGUUCUUCAACUGGGUCAAGUCCCAGAACCUGUUUCCAAUGGAGACCAUCUUCUACAAUGUCACCAUGAAGUCCAUGAGGUUUGGGAGGCAGUUUCAGCUCAUUGAGGAGCUUGCUGAGGAGAUGAUAGGCAAUGGGGUUGCGCUUGACAACAUUACUUACUCCACUAUAAUCACUUGUGCCAAAAGGUCCAAGCUUUUCGACAAGGCGGUGGAGUGGUUUGAGAGGAUGUACAAGACUGGUUUGAUGCCUGAUGAGGUGACUUACUCUGCUAUUUUAGAUGUUUAUGCCAAAUUGGGCAAGGUUGAGGAGGUGCUUAGUUUAUAUGAGAGAGGGAGGGCUAGUGGGUGGACACCUGACCCUAUUGCAUUUUCUGUGUUGGGUAAGAUGUUUGGUGAGGCUGGGGACUAUGAUGGUAUUAGGUAUGUCUUGCAGGAAAUGGCUUCUAUUGGUGUGAAGCCUAAUUUGGUCGUGUACAAUACGUUGUUAGAGGCAAUGGGGAAGGCUGGAAAGCCUGGUUUAGCUAGGAGUUUGUUCGAAGAAAUGGUUGCAUCCGGGCUGAAACCGAAUGAGAAAACAUUGACUGCGCUUGUUAAGAUCUAUGGCAAGGCGAGGUGGGCUAGAGACGCGUUGGAAUUGUGGGAGCGGAUGAGGUCGAAUCAGUGGCCGAUGGACUUCAUUUUGUACAACACAUUGUUGAAUAUGUGUGCUGACCUUGGCUUGGAGGAUGAGGCUAAGAGGCUUUUCGAGGAUAUGAAGCAGUCAGAGCACUGUAGGCCGGAUAGUUAUAGUUACACGGCAAUGUUGAACAUCUUUGGGAGUGGUGGGAAUGCUGAUGAGGCCAUGGAGUUGUUUGAAGAAAUGUCCAAGAAGGGUGUGCACCUCAAUGUCAUGGGUUGCACUUGUUUGAUACAAUGCUUGGGGAGAGCUAAAAGAUUUGGUGAUAUGGUUCGAGUCUUCAAUGUUGCAGUUGAAAGAGGGGUUAAACCAGAUGAUAGGCUCUGUGGGUGUUUACUGUCUGUUGUGUCGUUGUGUGAAAAAACUGAGGAUGAGGAUAUGGUCUUUUCAUGCUUGCAGCAGGCUAAUCCGAAGUUGGUUACCCUCGUAAAAGUGCUGCAAGAUGAGAAAGUAGGGUUUGAGGCAAUUAAAGACGAAUUUAGGGAUGUUAUUGGUAGCACUGCAGUUGAAUCCAGAAGACCCUUCUGCAAUUGCUUGAUUGAUAUAUGCAGAAACAAAAAUAACCACGAGAGAGCUCAUGAGCUGCUCUAUCUAGGAACCCUAUAUGGGUUGUAUCCGGGUUUACACAACAAGACAGCGAAUGAGUGGUGUUUAGAUGUUAGGUCACUAUCCAUUGGUGCUGCUCACACUGCACUUGAAGAGUGGAUGGGAACUCUAUACAAAAUUGUUCAGCGUGAAGAGGCUCUGCCGAAGUUGUUUUCUGCUCAAACCGGUGCUGGAACUCACAAAUUCUCUCAAGGACUGGCCCAUUCAUUUGGUUCUCAUGUGAAGAAGUUGGCUGCACCAUUUCGGCAGAGUGAAGAGAAAGCUGGUUGUUUUGUGGCAACUCGGGAGGAUUUAGUGUCGUGGGUGCGGUCACAGGCACAAUCAAUCACCGCUUAAUAUGUUUAUACUCAACUCUGUAGUUUCCAAAUGUGAAAUGUAUUAUUUGAUUUGGAUCAUUGUACAUUUCACUAUAAAUUUUAUAUAUCAGAAUAGUUUGAGGCACAAA